AAUCAGGUGAAAGCCUAGCAACCUUGUCAGCCCAAUGUAGAAAUAUAUAAAGCUGAAAAUAUUAUUACAACAUAAAUGAGAAACAAUUGUAUUUACAAACAAAAAGAAAAUAAAAUUAUGUGGAAUUGUUGAAAAUAUUAUAAAUCUUCGAAUAAUAAUUAAUAAAGAAAGAAAAAAAAAUGAUAAGUUUGUUGUAAGUGUGAAUAAUUAAUUUUGUCAAUUAAAAUAAAAUAAAAAAAAAAAAAAGAAACAAUAAAUAAAUAUAAAUAAACAAAAGAGUAUUACAAUGAAAUUAUUUGAUCGUUUAACUAAAAUAUUAGGAAGGAAAAAAGAAGCAAAAAUUAUAGUUGUUGGAUUAAACAACAGUGGUAAGUCCACAAUUAUAAAUCAUUUCAAACGUGAGGAUGAUCGUUGCAUUGACAUUGUUCCCACUGUUGGGUUCAAUGUUGAAAAAUUUUCAUUUAAAAAUGUCAACUUUACAGCAUUUGACAUGUCAGGACAUGACAGAUACAGAUCAUUGUGGGAACAUUAUUACAAGGACUGUCAAGGAAUUAUUUUUAUCAUUGACAGUAGUGAUAAGUUGAGACUUGUUGUUUCUAAAGAGGAACUUGACAUGUUACUACAACAUCCUGAUGUUGUUGGAAGAAAAGUUCCAAUACUUUUUUUGGCUAACAAAAUGGAUCUUCCUGAUUCAUUAACAUCAGUUAAACUUGUUGCUGCAUUGGGACUUGACAGAAUUCAAAAUAAACCAUGGCAUAUAUGUUCAACAAAUGCUGUAACUGGUGAAGGUCUUCAGCCAGCAAUUGAAUGGCUUACUGAUCAAAUUCGCGAUAUUUAUAUUAACAAUAGAAAAUAAUUUUAUAAUAUUAUUUAUAACUACUGAUGAUAUUGAUAAAAAAAAACAAAGUGUGAUUUAAUGAUUUUACUGUAACAAAAUUGAAAUGAUUAUUUUUUUUUUUAAUUAAGUUUUAUUACUUUUUUCUUGUUGAGCAAAUUUUAAAUGUAAUUAAAAUAAAUUUGGAGUAAUUA